CUUGCCAGCUGUUGGCUCGCCGGUUCACUGGUUUCGUACGCCCGGGGCCACCGUCUGGUCCCAUUCCGCUCCGCCAUCGUGAUUUACCCACUCACUACCCCAGUGGUCUCUCAUGGGGUGCAUUCAUAUUCCGGAGGAAGGCAAGGAAUCGCGCAGAAUCAGAAGAUGACCUAAAACGGAAGUUUUUGGAAACGCGCUUCUGAUUUGUUGAAUUGACGACCGGAGAGAUCGAUUUCUCCCUGAAAUUUUCUUUUAAGUUGAAGGAACCAUGGCGAAAACGGGGGCGGCGGUGGAUGGCUGUGACCCCGCCCUAACAGAGGCGGAGUUGAAGAAGGAGUUGCAGAGGGCGGCGAGGGUGAUAAUCAGUGAGGAUGAAGUCAAUGUGGGGGCAAUCGAUGAAGCCCUACAAGCGCUGUGUUCUCUGAGGCACCUUAAGACAAAGCACCAUCGAUCAUCGUUCGCUGAACCAAAAGCGCCUUCUCUCCCUGAUGAAUUUCGUUGCCCGCUUUCCAAUCAACUCAUGAAGGAUCCUGUGAUUGUUGCCAGUGGUCAGACAUAUGAGAGGUCAUUCAUUCAAAAAUGGUUAAAAUCUGGGAACAGAACAUGCCCACGAACGCAACAGGUGCUCUCCCAUACUAUUCUUACACCUAAUCUGCUGGUUCAAGAUAUGAUAUCUCGGUGGUGCAACAUUAAUGGGAUCCAUUUGCCAGACCAUGUAGAUCAGGAGGGGCUUACCGAAGCCGAUCAAAACCAUUUUAACUCUUUGCUCGAGAGAAUGUCUUUGUCAUUGCCUGAUAAAAAAGAGGCUGCUAGAGAAUUGCGCAUGUUGACUAAAAGGGUGCCUUCUUUCAGAGCAUUGUUUGGGCAAUAUGAGAAUUCAAUAGCUCAACUGAUCUCCCCCUUGUGUGAAAGUGAGUCCUUAGACGACGUACAAGUUCAACUCCAUGAAGACAUAGUCACUACACUUUUGAAUAUUUCCAUCCAUGAUGACAACAAGAAGCUCGUUGCAGAAACCCCUAUGGUCAUUCCCCUUCUUAUGCAAACAUUACAAUUGGGGACAAUCGAAGCAAGAAGCAAUGCAGCAGCUGCCCUUUUCACACUAUCAGCCCUCGAUUCGAAUAAAACGCUUAUUGGGAAAUCAGGUGCCCUGAAACAUCUCAUUAGCCUAUUAGAAGAAGGGCAUCCUUUGGCAAUGAAAGAUGCUGCUUCUGCUAUUUUCAGCCUCUGCAUUCUUCAUGAAAAUAAAAUCAGAGCAGUCCGAGAUGGUGCAGUGAGCGUUUUAUUGGAAAAGAUUGUGAAGAGAGUGAACAUUGAUGAAUUGCUGGCCAUACUUGCGAUGCUCUCAACCAAUCAGAAAGCAGUGGUGGAAAUGGGAGAGCUUGGCGCAGUUCCACUCUUGCUUGGUUUAAUGAGGGAGACGCCAUGCGCCCGCAACAAGGAGAACUGUGUGGCUGUUCUGUACACAAUAUGCUUUAGCGACCGUACUAAGUGGAAAGAGAUGAGGGAGGAGGAAAAUAAGAACGGUACAAUCUCCCAGCUUGCAGAAAACGGCACUUCAAGAGCCAGGAGGAAGGCCAGCAGCAUUCUUGACAGACUGAAUAGGGCGUUCAAUAUCACUCAUUCCGCAUGAUGGAGACACUUUGGAAGCACAAAUCUGUAAAUUCUACACUUUCAUACCCCUCGCGCCUUUACUGAAGCAUGAUAUGUUCAUUUACAACUUUUGUUGUUUUGUAUAUAAUACUCCGUAUAUAUACAUUUACAGAUUUGCGGCAUUUGCCCCCGUGCUGUAGUCACUGACAGUGAAUAAAUAAUCUUUGGCAUU